UGCAUGUAAACGGGCGUCAAGUGGCCGUUGUGCGAAAGGCCAUAGUAUUUAGUCGGCCAACGUCGACGUCAUCAUAAUUAUUGGCGUGAAUGAGAAAGCCUCUUCCGGGUCACGCAUCUGCAGCCUCUUCACACGGAGUAACACCACUUCAGUACUGUGGAAUAUUCACCUCACACGCCGCACAACAUUGCAUGCACAUCACUGCCGUGUAGUCUUGUAAUCUCUACGAUCCAUCUGAACCGUGUUGACGGCCACGAACAUGGCCGCAACAACAGCGCAGUACUCGACUGCCUCACUCUCAGAGCAAAAUGCCCAACCCUACAGCAGUAUGGCAGGAAGGCUCCAACAGCCUUUGCUGAAAGCGCUGGACGUCAUGGGCUAUCAAUACAUGACGCCUGUGCAGCAAAAGACACUCACAGAAUUACCCAGCUUCUCCGCAGACUGCUUGGUGCAAGCAAAGACCGGCACUGGCAAGACGAUUGCGUUCUUGCUACCUGCGCUACACUCUCUGCUUACGGAGCGUACGGUGCCUGUUGGUCAGGUCGGCAUCCUCAUCAUCUCACCGACCCGUGAACUCGCGCUACAGAUCGCGAAGGAGUGUGAUGCAUUGACGUCUCAGCUUCCCAGGCGGCUAGAGUGUCACACUGCCUUCGGUGGGACCUCCAAAGAUCGACAUCUGAAGGAGUUCCUCAACGGCAAGCCUAGUGUGCUCGUAGCCACCCCUGGCCGACUGAACGACUACCUCUCCGACAAUUACGUCGCGGAGAAGUUCACCGACAUUCGCACAGUCAUACUGGACGAAGCAGACACCAUGCUAGAAGCUGGCUUCCUACCCGCCGUCGAGCAGAUCCUCCGCCGUUUGCCACCCAAAUCGAAAGGCUGGCAGGGCAUGUGUUUCAGCGCCACCAUCCCCGAAAAGAUCAAGACCGUGCUCGGCAGAGUACUGAAACCCGGCUAUACGCACCUCACCACUGUCGACCCCAACGAAGUCCCCACAAUCGACCAAGUCAUACAAUACUCCGUCGUCAUCCCCGAUGUCUCCCAAACCUUCACUGCCCUCUACACCCUCCUCGAACAAGAACGACAACACUCACCGCACGACUUCAAAGCCAUCGUCUUCGGCUCAACGGCAAACGGGAUAGCCCAUCUCCACGCCCUCUUCGAACAACUCCUCGGCAAUACGGUCAAGGUCUACCAACUCCAAUCGCGUCUCAGCCAAAGCGCACGUACGCGAACGACAGAAGAAUUCAAACAAGCCUCCUCCGGCAUCAUGUUCGCCAGCGAUGUCAUCGGCCGUGGGAUGGACUUCCCCGGUACGGGCCUCGUCGUGCAAGUCGGUCUGCCGACGGAUAAGGAACAGUACGUCCACCGCGUCGGUCGUACCGCACGAGCAGGGACCGACGGACGUGCGGUGAUCCUACUCACGCAGCAAGAAUCGUACUUCCUCCACAUCAACAAACAUCUCCCCAUUCAACCUUAUCCCGUUAAUAUCCCGGCUACAGUAUCAGCACACCCAGAAAUCGAGCAAAGAGUGCACAACGCCGUAUCAGCGGUCGAUGAGAAGACAGUGCAAAAAGCAUAUCAAGCCUACCUAGGCUUCCACAAAACAUUCAUGAAACAACUCCGCACCGAUGCGGCUGGGUUGGUGGAGAUUGCAAACUCGUAUGCGCGUGCAAUGGGGUGUGCGGAGCCGCCGGUGAUUGAUAAGCAGGUUGUUGGUAAGAUGGGGUUGAGGGGGGUAAGGGGGUUGAAUGUGGGAGUUGUUGAGAGGGGUUCGACUGGAGGGAGACGGGGUGGCGGUGGCGGCGGUGGUGGUGGUGCGCGUCAGUUUUCGGCGAAUGGUGCGCAGCGCGGUGGUGGUGGUGGAGGUGCACAGAAUCAGAAGCAGGGCGGUAGGGAUGGGCAGCGAGGGUGACUAGACGUGCGUGCUUGCGAAGCUUUCUCGGUGGAGCGGCGAAGCUUCGGCGAAGAGUUGCCGAAGCCUUCGAGAGCAUAGAAUAUCUACGCUCGGUGCCGAACGGGACCGGCUUGGAAUAUGGUGGCGCUACGAGAGUUGGGCUGUACUUUUCGGACUGCGGUCGAGUUGCAUUCACAUUGCUUUCGAGAAAGCAAAGGUGCACGAGAUAGCAAAUUCCCAGCACGAGCGUGGACGACCACGAGCCACAUUCGGCCUGGACAAU